GGGGGGGGGGUAAAAUGCAUAUCAAAUUAUACAUCUGAUUGUAUUUUUACACUCUUUCGUUUGGUACGUGAAAUAAAGGAAGGCGCACAUCCGCAGGGGUGGAGGGAAAAAAAAGUGUCAAUUAGCUGCUCACGCUCUCUUCGGCGUCUUGAUGUGGGGAAACAGCGGCCCUUACUGGCAGGCGGCGGAACUGACAAACCAUAACCAAAGCGCUGGUCACUUUAUGAUUGGAAUAAUAGGAAAGGACACGGGGCAAAAUGUGAUUUUAUAUGCAGCUGUGUUACAAUUAAACAUGUUUUUACAGCAAUUGUCACCUCAUAAGUUACAUUGGUGUGUGUGUGUGUGUGUGAGAGAGAGAGCGAGAGCGAGAGAGAGAGAGAGAGAGAGAGAGAGAGAGAGAGAGAGAGAGAGAGAGAGAGAGAGCGAGAGAGCUCCAGAUGGUGUUUAAACGCAGACAGGAGGCUACAGAGGGGACAGAGAAGCAGAGAGAGGGAUAGAGAGAGGGAGAAAGAGAGAGAGAGAGAGGCGUAGGAGGCGAGAGAGCCGCGGUUGGUGCGCGCAGUGGGCUCGCCAGCUCCAUUCAUUACUGAGGACAAACAAGAGGUUCGGGCGAGGGGUGGGGGGGCAAGCAAGCCUGAUUUCUGCACUGAAGAAAGCGCUCCGUUGAACGCACAUGUUUGAAAAGUAAAAACCCGGUGGCCACAAAGCCUUGACAGUCGGCGGAGGUGGAGAAGAAGAAGGAGCGCGUUGAGAAAGGCGCGCGCGCGCGCACGCAUGCCUCCCCUUUCUUCGCAGAUUCAAGAACCGCUUUUCAGACGGCAGAAACAACCAGAACGACAAAACCGGGGAGGAAUUAUUCUCAUCGGUCGUUUUGGGACUUGAUCGUGCAAGCGUUGAAGUAAAGAAGAGGAAGCUUUGAAAGUCACGCAAGGAUACGGACGCACGCACGCCGCAGACUCGAGGAUCCGCAUCUUCAGCUUUUUUUUUUUUUUUUUUUUUUUGCAGUUUUGACGUGGGAGUCACCAGGAUUUGAGGACUUAACGGAGUUGGACUCUUUGUAAGACACCGGACGACUUUUUUUUUAUUUCUUCGUCGAACCCGCCAUCGUGACCAUCACGAAGGGAGCGGAUUUCUAAGGACUGGGCGACUUGUGAUAUUUCACAUCUGACAAAACCAAAUAUUGUUUGAGGCUUGCUUCUCCUUUUUUUUUUUCUGGUGUCAUCCAGAAAAUAAAUACCUCGAUAAGUGACCCCACUUGGAAUCCCGAACGCCCAAAGGAAAGUUGAACCUAAUUCUCUAUGUUUAAUAGCGGCGGCUUUUGCCUCCCCCCUCCUGUCAGUAUUUCAACAAGAAGGAAGAGUGUCCCUUCUAUCUACAGUAGCCGUAUGACCCCCCACCCUCACCCCCACCCCUCGAAAGAAUGAGGAUUGAGGCGAUAUAAAAGCUCUUCUCCAAACUGGAUUAUCACCUCUUGGCGACCCUCAAUUUGACCUCGACCUUCAGUGAGUAGCAGAGUGCAGAAGGUUGGAACAAUGCCAGAUUCACCUGCGGAUGUGAAAAGCCAGCCCAGGUCCACCCCGCCAACCAUGCCUCCUCCACCCCCGGCAGUCAACCAAGCAACCAGUCGUAAUGCUUCUUUCACCCCCACCACCAGUAAAUCAAUGCUAAACGGGAGCAGCCACUCUCCCACAUCACUGAACGGCGCCCCGUCCACUCCGAACGGCUUCAGCAACGGGCCGGCCAUGUCGUCGACGUCCUCCUUGUCCAAUCAACAGCUGCCGCCGGCGUGCGGCGCCCGGCAGCUUUGCAAGCUGAAGCGCUUCCUGACCACGUUGCAGCAGUUUGGCAACGACAUCUCGCCUGAGAUUGGAGAGCGAGUGCGCAGCCUUGUGCUGGGGCUGGUGAACUCGACACUCACCAUUGAAGAAUUUCAUUCCAAACUUCACGAAGCUACCAACUUUCCUCUGAGGCCUUUCGUCAUUCCCUUCCUGAAGGCAAACCUGCCCCUGCUGCAGAGGGAGUUGCUGCACUGCGCCAGGCUGGCCAAACAGACUCCAGCUCAAUACCUGGCCCAACACGAGCAGCUUCUCCUGGACGCCAAUGCCAGCUCACCUCUGGAUUCCUCCGAGAUCAUGUUGGAGAUGAAUGAGCAUGGCAAGAGGAGGACCCCCGACAGGACCAAAGACUCUUCAGACAGAGAUGGCUUGCACCCCGAGCACCUUGCCAAAAGGCCCUGCACCAUCAGCCCCAGCCAGCGCUUCAGUCCCAGCACCGGCCUCCCUGCUCACCCGCCUCCCAACGGGCUCCCGACGCACCCCCCCAAUGGCCUGCCCCACCCACAGAACCCUCAAAUGGGCCCCCAGCACUACCGCUUGGAGGACAUGGCGCUGGCGCACCAAUACAGAGACGCUUACAGACAUAACGAACACAGAGACGGCCGAGACAGACACCGACAUACAGCAGUGCACGGAGCUCGCCAGGAGGAAGUGAUCGACCACCGUCUCACAGAUCGAGAAUGGGCAGAAGAAUGGAAGCACCUCGAUAACCUCCUGAACUGCAUCAUGGACAUGGUCGAGAAGACGCGGCGCUCUCUGACCGUGCUGCGACGCUGCCAGGAGGCGGACCGGGAGGAGAUGAACCAUUGGAUACGGCGCUACAGCGACGUGGAGGAGAUGAAAAAAGGUGGGAGCAACAGACAGCACUGCCUUCCUCCUCCUCCUCCUCCUCCUCCUCUUCCUCAUCACAACUCCUCCUCCAACACAGCUAGCAGCAGUGAGGCACUGCCCAAAGGAGCUUCUUCCGUCGCUGACAGGCAGACAGGCAGACAGACAGAGAUCCACAGAGACUUUCUACACAGACCUCCGUCGGGAUACCUGCCGGAGGAAAUCUGGAGAAAAGCCGGUACUACAAGCAUCCCGCUUUCGCCAGCGCUAAAGCACCUCCAAAACAAGCAGGAGGAAGCGGUGAACGAAGUCAAGCGACAAGCGAUGUCGGAGCUGCAGAAGGCCGUGUCAGACGCUGAGAGAAAAGCUCACGAGAUGAUUUCGGCAGAACGCUCGAAAAUGGAGAGGGCGCUGGCUGAGGCCAAGAGGCAAGCCUCCGAGGAUGCACUAACAGUCAUCAACCAGCAGGAGGACUCCAGCGAAAGUUGCUGGAACUGCGGGAGGAAAGCCAGCGAAACGUGCAGCGGCUGCAACACGGCUCGCUACUGCGGCUCCUUCUGCCAACACAAAGACUGGGAAAGGCACCACCAUGUCUGUGGUCAGGGCCUGCAAGGUCUGCCAGGGGGCAGCGGUGUUCCUCUCGGCACCCCCUCCCCGUCUUCGGCGUCCAGCGCACCCCCUACGCACUCAGAGAGCACCCCUCCGGGUCCGCUGUCGCUGGCGGGCCAGAGCGGUCUCGCGGCGGCGGGUGGAGGCGGCAGCAUGUCGGCCAGCCCCAAGGAGAGCAGUUCGAGUAGCGCCUCUCGGUCCACCACUCCAGCCACACCCGCACUCCUCGAUGCCACAUCCCGCUGAAUUGUGUUCCUGAUUUCCUGUUAUGACAGUGGCCACGCUCCACACAAAACCAAAAGGAGGAAUCUUCAUCUCACAUAUGACCCCUGUCCUCCUCCCACAAUUUAGCCCUUUGUUCCUUUUUUUUUUCCCCCCCCAAGUCCGUCUUUUGCAACCAUGAUUACAAAUAUCGCGGCUUUGGGAUUCAGUGUCGUGGAACUGUUGAAAAGCACAAGUACGAGUGACGGUAACAUAUCAUCGUAUUUGGGGGGCACCCGGAGACUUGACUGCCGCUCUUAAGGGCUGUGUUAAGACUCUGGGAGGGGGGGGGGGGGGGAGACCUCAAUGUCAUCAUAAUUUUGAGAGCACCCAGAGCUGUUAUAGGCACUGAUAGUCCUGAUCUUCUCCAGUCUCCAAAUGCUAACAAGCUAAGGAUAGUGAGCCUUUUUUGUGUUUGUUUUUUCUUCAAAUACAAUGAGCGAAGGGGAAACACGACUUUGUAUUUAUGAAACAUUUCUUUCUGGCUUUAAGGGGAAAACAAAGAACAGUCCAAAUAUUCGAAUUGAGAGAGAGAGAGAGACAAAAAAAAGUGAUGAGACUGACGUCGAUCACCAUCGUAAUGACAUGAAACUAAAUGAGUUUUAAACUGCUAACUACCUUGCUAGCGAGCCAAGAAAAAAAAAUCUACGCCGGACUCACCUCUCGAAAACCAUUGUGAACCCAAAUGAAUUCAAAGAUGAAAAACAACCUGAUCCAAACUUUUGUAUUACACUGCCAAAGUGCGUAAGCGAUAAAGAGAAGCACUCCUAACCAAACGCAAAGCAACAUCACCUCCUCAGCAGAAAAUGGCGGGCCCGUGAGAGAAAGAGAGCGGGAGGCGGGCCCGCGGAGAGCCAGUCGGCCUCGGCUCCGUCGCCGCCUUCUUCGCCGCGGACGAGACUUCAGCAACGCUUCGGUGACGGCCCGGACUCGUGAACACACGGACAACGCUGUGAACGACUCGGUGAAACGGACCGAGGCCUCACCCCAAUGAGAUUUGUGUGACAAUGGGAAGCUAAAAAAAAAAGAGGGGGCGGGGCUAAACAGCUACGCGGACUUCAAUGGAGAUCAAGUUCCAUCCACGACAACGUAGCUACCAAAAACCUCCAUUGUUGAGCAUUGUUUGCGAUGUUUAUUAUUGACUCUCCAGCGGUGAGGUGAUAUUUACCUUCACACACCUUUUUUUUCCAAAGCACGACAAACGGAGCCAAGAGAAGGGCGGUGCAGACUCUCCUCUUUUUCUACCUCCCUUCCCACCCCACAUGUCACGAAAAACUUUGGCCCGACCGCUUUGGAAUUCACAUCAGAGCAGGACAGCACGGGAAAGGGAAUGGAACCCGCUUGUAGAUAUUGCUCCUCUUUGCAUUUUUUUUUUUUUUUUGUUUUCAAUCGUCUAUUGUCGCUCACGCACGUCACGUGACUUUGUGUGUCAUCCGGGGAAUUUUCUUUUGCUAGCUUUCCUUUUCCUUAUCGCGGGGAACGGACGGCGGGCGGGGUCCGGGCAAAGACGCUCGUCUCUGAGAGGAAGCCCCCCCCCCCCCCCCCCCAAACCCCUCACAUUGUCCUCAUUGUUUGAUUUGUUGUAUCGACAUGGAUGAGAACGAAACCCCUCUUGUAGAAUAUUUUGUAUCGCUCGCAUUGUAAGACAGUGAGAGGACGGAGGUGCAAUAUGAAGAGAAUUCAGCUACUGAAUGGAACCUCAGCAACUGCCCGUAGGGUGUCAUAUAAUUAUAGAUACAUAUAAAUAUAUUUAAAGUAACAUCGGUAACUUAAUGUGAAUGUACAUAGUAUUUAAAGAGGUCCAAAAAUGUGUUUGCCAAAUAACAGAAACCUUUAAAGUUUAAUGUCCAGAAUAUGAUUUUCUCUCAGUACGUUUGUUUCUCCAAUGUAUCAAUGACUCCUUUUUAUUUUAUUAUUAUGAUGAUGAUUGUUUUUGUUUUGUUUUUCAUAGUUAAUUCAAAUGGGUUUCUUCUGCGGAGUAGAUGUAGGGGGAGGGAGGGGGGGAGUACAUUCUGACAGAUCAAGUGUGCGUGAACUGCAUGCCUUCCAGAAAUAAUUCGGCUUGAAUGAACGAAAUGAUGGCAAAAAUUCUGUCACAUCGUCAAGAGGUGUGAGAAGUGUUGAUUUGUCAUCAUUUAGGAGGGGGCGGAUAUUUUCAGUGUAACGCACUUCUUCGACGCCCGGGUCUGCUCCGUCCCACGGGAAGGGGACUCGAGUCAUCACCUGAUUUAGCUCCGUUUUUUCUUGUUUCAAUUGAAUCUCGUGAAAUGUCGCCGCUCAUUUCGAAUAGUUCCUCUGUCGCCAUUUCUCUUCGUCACUCUCACCGGUAUGUUUGUUACCUCCGGCUGCAGUCAAAAGCUUUGAAAGUAGGCUUGAACAAUGAACCGGCAUUCAGAUGAAGUGGAGCCAACGUCAGAGGUUAAUUGGACUCACCUUGGUUUUCGAUUUUUUUUUUGCUAAUUUUUUGAUAGAUGAUAAACAUUUAAGGGGGAAAAAAACCGAUGUCGGACUUGAGGAUCCUAUGGCCUUUUCCCACCCAGAGUUUGAGCGUUCCCUCGGUUGAUUAGCAACCUUGGGCUUUUGCUGAGUGGAAAACGGGGGCCGCGUGGCCCCCGUUCGGGCUAAUUUGGUUCUCAAAGACACUUUAAAAGUCCCAACGGAGGCCCACAGCGACGACCCGGUGCUGACGCUGCGACUAAGCCGCAAGCUUCUGCUGCAUCCACGUGUAGCAUUUUUUUUGUCCGCGCGACAAAAUGGCUCCUUUGAUGUGGCGUUGACCCGGGGGCGGGGGGGUGGAUGGGGGGGCGACGCCAGAGCACUCUUCACUUGCUACCUCCUGAGACCAUACAGCUAAUCACCAGGAGAGCUUCACCUGGACUUUGAAAAGAUGGGCCGAGUGCAGACAUGGACGUACACACCCGCGCCGCUGAAUCGAAAGGCCUUGCCACUGCCGCCGUGUCCGUCGGUGAAACAGCAACCAAACAUAUCACCGAAGGCGGCACGAACCGACGCUUGCCAUUUGUCAUCCGAAACCAAUAAAAGCGCAGACCAAAGUACUCCUGCAUUGCCAUAAGCGGCUUUGACCUAUUGUAGCGACCGCCGAACCCGACAGGGGAACGUUCGAGCGUCGCCGCAGUCAACCAAAGUGUCUGAGAUGCAAACGGUCAGAGCGCAGGAGCCCUUGAGCGAACGAACCAUUUUAAACGUUCGACGGGCAUUCGGAAUCGUCUUUCCGCGGCGAUGAAAGCAUCUCCUUUGGAAAGCCGACCGUUUGUAUAAUCCUCGCAGUGACAAAAGCCUUGCAGAGAUGAAAUUAAUGAAUGGUGAGCAUGUGAAUAGUGUGGUUUUAUACGACUUUUUUUUAAUUUCCUUUUUCUCCACAUCUUUGUACUUGAAACCCUCCAAGCUUUAAUAAAAGACCCCAGGCAAACGACUGGCAGAGAUUCACAAUACGUCGCGACGGUAUCUGUGUCAUGUGCGGCGUUUCUCAACAAUAGCCGCAUGGGGAAAAAAAAAAGCAUUUCAGUGGCAACGCCUUUCCAAAAAACGCCGUCAGCGCGUGUGCACCCUUGUCUGCAUCGAAGCCCUCCAAGAAACAAACCAAACCCAACAGACCACUUAGAAAUGACCAAAAUACAACCAAAAGCUAUUUGCUUCCAUUGUACUUAACGGUAGUGUUUUCGUUUUCUUUCAUUUGAGCAUCAGUAGGAGGCGGAUGCGGGAUGUGAAGCUACGUUCGUUCGCACACAAAGCAAGCAGACCCGAAGAGCAGCCGAACUGUGACAAUAUGCGGGUUCGAUACGUUGUGUCAAACAAUUGUCAUAUUCUUUUCUCUGCACUCCGUGAAACUAAUCGGGCUCUGCCGUUGCGUAUGACCUUGGAAGGCUCUCUCCACUUGACAUCAGUCACUAUAUCUAACUGUGGAUUUCAUUUGGGCAAAUGGCAUGUUAAAAAAAAAAAAGGAGGUUGCCAAUUGGAGCAUCCUCGACCGUUAACAGUAACCAAUGACGUCUCGAGAAGUGACGACGAGUCCUUCCUGUGACACAGGCAUUGCCGAACAGCUGAAGGUUAAUAUGCUGAAGGUCAAAGCACUUGUGUACUCCCCCCCCCCCAAAAAAAAGUCAUGGCUCAGGACGAUCCCCCGUUUUUACCUUUACAUAAAACGAAAACGAGGGUGUCUGACAGCAUUCUAUACUGUACUGUGCAAUACACUAUGACAUGG